AUGGAGGGGAGCCCUCCCGCUGAGGCACGGCGCCUGCCGCGACCCCCCAGGCAGCACCCCCAGGGCGGCCGGAGCCCAGCCCCGCUGGAGCGCCCCGAGGCCGCCCGCGGCCCCCACGCCGUCCUGGAGGGCAAGGUGAAGGCGCUGAAGGAGAAGCAGGGCGGGCGGCCGGGGCCCCCCGCGGCUGCCCCCGAGCGCCCCUCGCCCAAGAAGGCGCGGCCCCGGCGGGGGAAGCCGGGGGCGGAGGGGGCGGUGGAGCCGCGGGCGCAGCUCCGCACCUACCUGACGGACGGGCUGCUGGACGGGGGGCCGCCCCAGCCCGCCCCGGCACCCCGCGCCGCCACCCCCGGGCUCUGGAGGGUCCCGGCACCCAGGGGAGAUGUGCCGCGGGGCCCCGAGCUCCCCCCGGACGAGGGCAGCAGGUCCUGGCACUGUGCCUCCCUCCAUGAGAGACCCUCCCUGGAUGAAGAGGCCCGGAGCCCGCUGCGGGAGCGGGGCCGUGCCUCUGUGCCCGAGGCCGAGAGCUGGGAGAGGCUCUCGCUGGCUGAGCGGGUGGAGAGGAACCGGCGGCUGCUGCAGGAGGUGCUGGGCCUUGCCACUCCCGAGAUGCCAGCAAGCGAUGGGGACUGGGACUCGGGGGUUUCACUGCAGGACGCUGAGGGCUGCAGGGCCGCGGUGGCCGGGCAGGAGCUGGAGCUGAGCCCGCGGCACGAGCAGGCCAAGCAGCUGCUGCAGCGCGCCCGCAUGAAGGCUCGCACGAACCCGCUGCGCGCCAGCCACGACAUCCUGCUCGUCCCCGCCGCCGUCCCGCAGCCCAGGGAGCCCAGCGGGAGGCCGGGCGUCGCCCCGCGGGACGGCGGGAGCCUGAGCGACUCGUCCAGCGGGGAGUCGAGCUGCGGGCGGCCGCGGCGGCCGCGGGGACCGUCCCCGUCCCGCGUCCGCUUCGAGGACGAGUCGGCCCGGGACGCCGAGGUGCGGUACCUGGAGCGGCUGCAGCUGCGGCACCGGCGGGCGCUGGGCUCGGCCAUCGCCUCGCCGGAGCCGGCCGGCAGCAGGCAGCCGGGGGACGGCGCUGGCCAGCCCAAAGCCCGCAGUGGCGACCUCGUGGCCGGGGGCAAGUGCAGCGCCUGCGGCUCCUUCCUCGGUGCUGCCGCCGGCCGGGGCACGGACACGCAAGCUGUCCCCGAGCUGGCCAAAAGUAGCCCUGCGGCACAAAGAAGCGUUCCAGGGGAUAGCAGAGGGCCGGGCGCUGCCCAGACAGAGCCUAAAAUCAGGCCUCUGGGCCCCGGAGGGUCCCCGCUGUGGAUCCUGCCCUCCCGGCAGCGCAUCCACACCGAGAAGAUCAAGGAGACCUACAUCGGAGAUGUCACCUACAUCGACGAGGUGGACUCGGCCCUGGAGAGCACCGACACCUCGGACGGCUGCCGGACGGACAGCGAGGAGGCAGGACCCCGCAGCCCCCACCUGCGGGGGCACCGGGACCCCCGCACUCGCGGGCACAGAACUGCCCGCGCUGCCCCGCAGCCUGAGGCCAGGGCCAGGAAGGGAACGUGUGCGCCCAGCGGGGGCCCCGAGCACGGGGACUCGGGUCCGGGGCCUGUUUGCCCCCCACCACCGGGAAGAACCAGGAGCCGGGAAGAUGGGGAACCCCAUCAACAUCUGGGGGGCAGCAAGGGAGUGGGGAAUACAGCUGCCCCCCCGCAGCAGCCCAGUGAGCCUCUGGAGCCUUCCUCGCAGCUGAGGAGCAGCACCCCCAUCCCAGGCACCCACGUCCCUGCUCCCCCUCAUACCAAGAAGGCCUGCGCCCAGGUGCCUUGCAGGAAAGCCCUGUUCUCCAUCAGCACCCGCCAGGCGCCGAGCCAAGGAGUCCGGGGCCCGGAGCCGGAUGCUGGCAGCGCAGCCCCACCGCAGCCCGGGGGCACGGCGGGGCCGGCCGAGCGGCGGAGUCCCUGCAGCCCCCGGUGGCUCCCGGGGAGCCCCCUCCGUGCCUUGUCCACCAACAACUGCAACAACACCCACGGGCAGGACGCCCCGGGGGCGGGCAGAGGGACACUGUCACACCCCGCUGGCAGCCCUGUCACCGCCGUGCCCCCGGAGGCUGCUCAUCCUGCCGGGGAAGGUGCCGGGAUGUCGGGAGCGCAGCCACAGCGGCACCCGGCCGGGAGCGCGGCACACGGGGAGCCGGGGCGGCCAGUGAGCCGCAAGGGCAGCGGCGCUUCGGCCUCGGGGCUGAAGAAGCUCCUGUGCAGCCUGAGCCAGAGCACCAAGCAGCGCCUGGGCCGCUUCCGCUGCUACAGCAUGGAGCAGCUCCCGGCCCCCGGCGGGUCCCCGCAGGGCAGCCCCGGUGUCAAGAAGUCACCGUCCCUGCAGUCCCUGCAGCUGGUGUCACCCUUCUGCCAGUCCCAAAAAGCUGCUUCUAUCCAGAGCCUGCAUCCCCAGCUGGGGAAGGCACCUCGUGCCAGUGCCUACCUCCUGCCCCAGACCACGGCUGACAGGAAGGGGGGCUCAGGGCCGCAGCGCUCGCUGAGCGUGGAGGACAUCGGGGCGCCCGGCCAGCUGCGGGCGGUGGGGCGCGUGGUCGAGGUCUUCCCCGAUGGCACCAGCCAGCUGGAGCUGCAGCGACCCCCCCACGGCGCCUUCGGCUUCUCCGUCACCUCCGGACACGGCCGGCCCGACACAGGCGUCUACGUGCAGGAGAUGGCGGAUGCUGGCACGGCCAAGCUCUACGCGGGGCUCCUGGGCGUGGGGGACGAGAUCCUGCAGGUCAACGGCGCGGCCGUCUCGGGGCUGGGGCUGGCCCACAUCCGCCAGCUGCUGCUGCAGGCCGACAGCCUGGCCCUGCGCGUGCUCCGGCACCGCCCGGCGCCGCGCUAGCCUGGCACGGCUCCUGCCGAGCCGGCAAGAGGAGGAGGAUGUCCCAGUGAUGGGAGAAGGAAGAUGGCCCGGUGAUGUCCCAGGAUGCUGCAGAAUGGCGUGGCACGGACCAAGCUGCCUCGCAGUGCCGGGACCUGCCCGGCUCCACUGCAGUGGGGGAAGGUGGCUUUCCUUGUGCCCCUGGGAGAGUGUGGGACCAAGGAGCCCCCAGAGUCUCCAGGAGCUGCCCAGGCGUGAGGGACACGGGACAGCCUGGCCCCAACGGAGCCGGGUGGGUCUGUCCUGCUGGGCACUGGGGUGACCGGCAUGGGGACACCCCAUCUCCGUGACCCCAGGAGACAGAGGGCUUCCUGCCAGCACUGCCACCUUGUGCUGGAGGGCUGGUGAGGUUCUUUUAAAUUAUUUCAAACUGAAACCCAA